AUAUACACCUACCUGUGGCCCGAAUGAGCGCAUUGCAGUCCGCAAUUGAUGUCAUAAAAAAAUUCAUGAUAGCCUCGCGUCAAGUGCAAGAUUCGCCAGAUUGCAACAGUUCAUCGGAUGCCUCAUCAUUGGUUGCAAAUAUUCCAUCGGAGCUGUUUUAUUUCAUGCUGGUUGAACAAGUGUGACACUCUAGCUCUUCAUUGGCCAGAUCAUAUCUCUCUCCAAACACUCGAGCGCAUGUCUUUAGCAACAAUGAAUGACACCGUCAGUGGACAAACAGCUCUUCAUUACAAAGUCUGCAUUUUUUCGAAAGCUAUAAUAUUUGUCAGUCGAUGGCUGCGGUUGUGCUCGCCGGGGAUCUUGGCAGACAACUUGGAGAAGUCCAGAGAAAAAUAUAUCGCGGCUUGUCUGGAAUGCCUUACCCUAAUUGACUUCUCCAGGUCUCCGAGCCUUUCAAUGCUACAAGCGCUUCUAUGUGGAGCAUCCUUGGUGCAGCUUCUUGGCGAUACGACUAGAUCGUGGCAUAUGACCUCUCUUGCUUCCCGGGCUCUGGUAGCUCUGGGGUAUCACAGCUCGACCGCAGUUACUCAGUCUGAUGAUCACGAUGAAUCGGAAGUCCGUCGAUGCAUCUAUUGGUGCUAUUAUAUGGACAAAACCCUGAGCAUGCUCCUCGCUCGCCCUUCAUCUUUGCCUGUACUUCCAUUUCAUCCCAUCGACUUAGUCGACACUGAUCCAGAGUACCCACUGUCCUAUAAAGUUAGAAUCCUGGUGAAACUCGCUCAAGUUCAAGAUAACUCACUAUUUCUCAUGAUGAGGGAUCGUAAACAGAAUUUGACAGAGGCUCAUGAAUCUGCUUUGGUCGAAAAUCUUCAUGUCGAGUUGAGAUUCAUCAGUGAAGAAAUUCGACAGUAUCGUACGGAAUAUGCUGAUCAUCCCACCUUGAAGAUUGAAUGGGAUGCGGUUGACUUCACUUUUUUCUCCAUCGCGACGGGGAUCCUUCGCUUCGAUUCAUUACCCUCACACAAUCACAAGAGGCGUGAAGAAUGUUUACGAUACGCUCGAAAGGCUCUAUUCGCUAUGCAAGCAUGCCAAAGGCAUAUCUCUACUCCGUCGACCAUCACAACAGACUUUCUUUUCUGGACUGUGUUGUUAUAUCCCAUGACCCCAUUCUUUGUAAUAUUUUGUAACGUCGUCGCCACUUCGAACCAGGAAGAUUUUGAGCUAUUGAAAGAAGUCACUUCGAUGAUCUCGAGGAUCAAAGAUCAAUGUACUUUUGGCUUAAAUCUUCACAGGCUAUUAUCUGAGUUGAUCAACCUCUGCUCUAAUUUGCACGAUCGCCAUCUCAGCGACGGAUCUGACAAUAACAAAUUUCAUGUACAUUCGUCACGUUACGGUAACAUCAGCAAAGAUUUCGAGACACAGGCCUCCUUCUUGACGGUGCCAGUAGAGGAAGGCAGCUCGGCCCCGACUCUAUCUUCACCCGAUCAGCAAGCUGCGAAUUACGAUAAUUACUACGAGCAACGAGGGAAUACCACUAUUUGGAACGAGGGUCUCAUGUGGGAACUUUACAACACUCAGCCAUCCGUCGAAUGGCUCAACUCAAUAUUGUGAUAUUUGUAGAGCACAAUGCAUAUAUCGGGCUAUAAUUUGAGCGCGGGCCGCCCAAAAACAUUUUAUCUGCCUGGUGGU